CACACACACACACACACACACACACACACACACACACACACACACACACACACACCAGUCUUACAAAUCCACAGUUGAACAGGUUCCUCAUCAACCUGCUCCAUCUCUCAGCAGCCAUGAGCAGCUGGAAGCAUGUAAGCACCAUGCGUAAUGUGGCGAACUUCAGCAGUCGCUCUCUUGGCUCGUACGCCGGUUCUGAAAGGACAAUACCCCGCCCAGGGAACUCAUACUUUGGGUUUGGGAACCAGGAUGCUCUGGGGUUGUCAGUGAACACCUUGGUGAUGGACAGCAGCCUCCUGGAGCCGCUGCAGCUCGACCUGGACCCGGACAUACGCACAAUUAAAGUGCAGGAGAAGGAGCAGAUCAAGACCCUUAAUGACCGCUUUGCCUGCUUCAUCCACAAGGUGUAUCACCUGGAGCAGAAGAAUACGAUAUUGGAGACGAAGCUGCGGCUGUUACAGAGCAGCCCUCGGACUCAAUCCGACGUGGAGUCCGUGUUCAAGAUGUACAUCAGCAAGUUGGAGUCUCAGCUCAGAACCUUGAACGUUAGCGGGGAGCACCUGAAAGCCGAGCUCCGGAGCUCUCACUCGCUGGUGGAGGAGAACAAACGCAAGUAUGAAGAAGAGAUUAAUAAAAGAUACAAAGCGGAAGAUGAUUUUGUGUCUGUGAAGAAGGAUGUCGAUGCUGGUUACUUUGACAGAAUUCAUCUAGAGGAGGAAUGGUCUGAAAUUCGACUCGAGCUGGACUUCUUUAAAGCCUUGUAUGCGGAGGAGGUGCAGGAGCUGAAGGAGCAGCUGAAGGACACCUUAGUGGUGGUUGAGAUGGAUAACAGCAGGCAGCUCAACAUGGAACAGGUGGUGAAGGAGGUGAAGAGUCAGAAUGAAGAGGUCUCGGCACGCAGCCGACAGGAAGCCGAAGCCUGGAACCAGAAAAAGUUUGAGCUGGUAUCGUCACAGGUUGAGCUGCACAGCUCAGAGUUGAAGAGCACCAAGAGUGAAAUCAGAGAGUUAAAGAGACUGAUCUCAAAGCUGCAGGCGGUCAUAAGGAUGGUCAAAGAAGAGUGUAAGAGCACGGAUGGGCGGAUCGAUGAGGCGAAGCAUCGUGGAGAAGGGGCGGUGUUCGAAGCUAAGCAGAAACUUAAAGAACUAGAGGAGACACUUGUGAAGGCCAAGCAGGACAUGGCAAGGCAGGUUUGUAAGUACCAGGACUUGAUGAACAUCAAACUGGGACUGGACAUUGAGAUCGCCACCUACAGGAAACUUCUGGAAGGAGAAGAGAACCGAACUGCUCGAGAAUCCUUUAUCCGUGUCCACAGUGUGACAGAACCCAGUUAUCCUGAGCCUGUGGGAAUCAUCACUUGCACCAGCGUCCUCAUUAAGGCGGUUGAUACUCGGGACAAGAGCAUCAUCUCUGCCAAAGACUGAUUCUUAAAACGUUUCAGCAUUCUAUCCUUUGUCUCUUUGUCUCAUACGAGAUUUGUUUUGAUAUCAUUUGGCUGUAAUAAUGAAGUAAGGAAUUUUCUUGAGAGAGAGAAAGAGUGAGCGGGGGAGAGAAAGAGAGAGAGAGAGAAAGAGAGAGAGAGAGAGAGUACGGAAAUGAUCUUUAUAUAACAUCAAACACUUCAACUAGCACUUCUUUCCAUAUCUUUUGCAAAAAAACAAAAAACAAAAAAAAAACCUUUGACACUUUUUCAUUGUAACUUUGAACAAAUGUUUU